CUCAACGAGAGUCUUAAUUCUUAAAUGUUUUAAGGUUUGUCAAUAACAAAAGAAGUUCACGUUACGUGUUUUAAUGUUGUCGGUCUUCAUUUCGCAUCAAUUCUUUUCGGUUUCAAUGUCGUCGUUAUACUCAACGUAAAUACCUUUUGUUAUUAUUAUUUAAUAGUUUUUUGUUGUCAAAGUUGUUAUAGAGGCACUUGUCUAUUAAAUAUUUAAGAAGUAUGGGAGAAAAACAUUGCGCACGUAAAGCAGUAUUGAAGAAGGUAGCUGACAGUAGCGUUGUAUUUGCCCUAUUUUAAAUCGAUACCAAUUUAAAACGACGAAGUUCAAUUAUAAAUGAGAAUGACUGUCAAGACGUUUUAUUAUGUCCAUGUUGUGUACGAAAGAUGUCGAGCAAUGUGCAAAUUUGAAAUAGUCGUAAUAAUGACAAACGUUAGGAAUCGAUAUGCGAAGAAUUUCUUUUUUAUCAAUUUGUUUUUAAUUCGCGCUUUAUACAGCAGCGGAAGCGGACUUUCGUCACGUGGCCUCUCCCUAUGCUGUGUUUGGCUGUAAACGCGGAAGCAGUUCCUCGCCAGCUCCUGUCAACAAACAUGGAGUUACACAUGAGCGUCUGACACACAGGCAUGAGGACAAACUGAAGGAGAAACCGCCUCUGGCGCAGAUUUACCAGCAGAGAAUAUCCACAUCUGAACGAGAGUCGUUGCUUUUUAAUGUCACAAUGCACAAGGUUACCAGGACGACUUUGUUAUUCCGCGGACUCGGGCGGUGUUUUCUGUCAGAGGCGUCUGCGGUUCGAAUCAGCCGGCGAGGUCGAGCGAGUUCACAGCAUGAGGAGAAGCGUGAAGAAAGUGGGGUUUAUGAUGUUGUUAUAUCGGGAGGAGGCAUGGUUGGAUCUGCCAUGGCGUGUUCUCUAGCUACGGAUCCGAACCUGGCGGGUAAGAAGAUUCUGCUGCUGGAGGCCGGCAACAAGAAGGUGAUGGACCAGGUUCCUGACUCCUUCAGCACCAGAGUCAGCUCCAUCAGUCCGGGGUCGACCACACUACUAAGCCGUAUCGGCGCCUGGGAGCACAUCACCCACAUGAGAGUCAAACCGUACAAGAAGAUGCAGGUUUGGGACGCCUGCUCCGAUGCCCUGAUCACUUUCGAUAAGGACAACCUGCAGGAGGAGAUGGCGUACAUCGUGGAGAACGACGUGGUUGUGGCUGCGCUCACCAAGCAGCUGCACAGUCUCUCUGACAGCGUUCAGGUUAAGUACCGGUCCAAAGUGGUGAAAUACACCUGGCCGGUCCCUCACACGGCCGGAGACGCGCUGCCCUGGGUCCAGGUCACGCUGGCCAACGGUGAAACGCUUCAGACGAAGCUGCUGAUUGGUGCCGACGGUCCCAACUCCAUGGUGAGGCGGGAGCUGGGGAUUCCAACAGUCAAGUGGAAUUACGACCAGUCUGCUGUGGUGGCUGUGCUGCAUCUCUCAGAACCGACGGAGAACAACGUGGCCUGGCAGCGCUUCCUCCCAACCGGACCCAUCGCCAUGCUUCCGCUGUCAGACUCCCACAGCUCUCUGGUCUGGUCCACAAGCCAUCAGCUGGCCGAGGAGCUGCUGGAGCUGGACGAGGAGAGCUUCGUGGACGCGGUCAACUCAGCGUUCUGGAGUAACGACAACCAGUCGGAGCUGACGGAGACGGCGGGAACGCUGCUCCGAGGAGCCCUGUCGGCCAUCUUGCCGUCUGCCGGCUCUCCCCGCCAGCUGCCCCCCAGCGUCGCCGCCAUCGGACCCAAGAGCAGGGUCAUGUUCCCUCUGGGCCUCGGGCACGCCUCUGAGUACGUCCGCCACCGAGUGGUUCUCAUUGGGGACGCGGCUCAUCGUGUCCACCCUCUGGCCGGCCAGGGAGCCAACCUGGGCUUCGGGGACGUGGUCACCCUCACGCAGAUCCUGAGCCGCGCCGCCUUCGAUGGGAAGGACUUGGGUGCGGUCCAGCAUCUGCUGGAGUACGAAAGUGAGCGUCAGCGCCAGAACCUUCCCAUGAUGGCGGCCAUCGACCUGAUGAAGCGUCUCUACUCCACCAGCGCCGCCCCGGCGGUUCUCCUCAGAUCGUUCGGCCUGCAGGCCACCAACAUGCUGCCGGCUCUUAAAGAGCAGAUCGUGGCGUUUGCUAGCAAGUGAAGGAGCGGUCGUUGCCUCACUGGCGACUAUGAGGUGCGCAGCUGUAACAUAAGAAACUCGUAAUAAACUUUUAUUUUACUCUUUCUUGUCAUUUCCCUCCUCUUCCUCACUUUUAACACCGAGUCCAUCUCUGCGGAAUCAGG